AUGAGUGUUGCCCUGCACAACAAUUACAAGGGGCAGCUGAAGCUGCUCAACGCCAGCUACAUGUCCAGCUACACCUCACGCCACCGCGAGCCCACCGCAGGCCUGCGCCUGAUUUUCGCAUCGAGGCUUCAAACGAUUCUCCAUGACGUCAGCGACCCCGACUUACAGCUACGCUGCACAAUGACAAAUACUGUACACUUUAUUCUUUUCAAGAUUUUAUCAGCAGGUUUGGAAGCGCAAAACCCUACGUCUCUUGUUGAAUUAAACCUGGCUGCGAUAUAG